AUGGGUGCCAUGGGGACUAUCUAUGUGAAAGCUGUCGAGAAGUCUAGAUAUCAAGCCCCGCCCCAAGGCGGCCCUGUUGUCGCCGUCAUUCUCAAUAUCAGGCAGGUUCCCUACGAGGGUCAGAACCUCGGACUCACGCGGACUCGUGUCGGCCGUGCAGACUUUGACCGCAACGAGUCGCCGGAGUGCCUCGUCUCGCGCGAGCCAGACAGUGGAAUAGCUGCCGUGGCCAAGCUUAUUCAGGACACGGUAAUGACCCCCGAGCAGGUCGCUGACGGCCACUGGACAGUAUCCGCCAGGGCUAUACCUGUAAAAGGGUUCUGCGUCUUCGAUGAUAUGGAAGCUGACGCUUGGUUCUGA